CGAGCAUAAACCCAGGCUUCUCUCCGACUCUCCCACCGUCUUCCCCAUUUUCGCCAUUUUGUUCCCGAAGUGCUCUCUCUCUGUAAACCGAACAAGAAUUCAGGCCUCUAAGUAACAGGAGGACGUGAUGUGGGAGAUAAUUGUUCCUCCAGGGAGAUACGUUAGUGUUGAUCCUGGACAAGGAAGAGUCUUGCGAAUAACCUAUAUAGGUUUCAGCAGCGAAGUGACAAAUCCUGAGGGUGAGGCUUAUCUUGGAAUCAACAGUAGCAAGGAAGAGUUUCUUAUUGGCCGCAUCCCUCAACUCAAAACCAGAGUGAAUCUCACUGAAGAGUUCACUCUUGGACACAGUGGCUAUUCCCCUGUUGUGUUCAGAGGGUACUAUCUUUCUCGCAGGAGGACGCUCUUGCCAGAGCCCAGGCCUCAAACAGACCUUGCUCUUAGAGAUGCCCAAGCAUCCAACUCUCUGUCAUGGCCAUUGGGUAUCGACAAUACCUCCAAAGUAUUCUCGUACCUACGAGGUACCAAUGUCCAUCGUCUCGAAUGUAUUUGCAAAAUAUUCUACACCGCUGGUACAUAUCCGGAGUCUUACUCAAACAUUGAUUUGAGUCAUGUUGAGAUGGCUGAAGAUCUUGACGCUCUUGUCAUGAUGCGACGAUGCCAUGGUCGACUAAGGUCACUUGUGCUAGGUUCAGGGCCAACGAUACAGUUCACUCAUCGAUCUCUGGAGCCUCUGCAGACUAUCGGGAAACACUUGAGAAGACUCCAUCUUCAUGGCCUUCAUAAGGUACAUGAAGAGCAUUUGCGUGAGGCUCUACCCUGCUGCUCCGUGCUCACAGAGUUGGAGCUUAAUGACUUAGGGUCUUACCGAGUAGACUUUGUACUGGAGAUCGUGGGUUCUUCUUGCCCGCUUCUGGAGCUUCUGAUCUACACUGGUGCUGAAGACUCAAUAUCGACCAGGGAGAACACAGUUAGUGAGCCCAACCUACACAGGUUUCUGCAAAACUGUACUCGGGUGGAGGUUCUGGGUCUACACAGCGUCAAUGUAGACGACAACCAGCUUGUUAAGAUUCUGCAGCAUCUUGGGAGGCUUAGAAGCCUACUCCUGUCGAAAUCCAUGGGAUUUUCAGGAGUUUUCUUCGUUGGGGAAGGUGUUAGCAACGGGAAUCUUCAAGUGUUGCACCUCGAAGCCUGCAUCGAUCUCUCAGAAGACUGUCUUGGUGACUUCAUCCAGCAGCUGAAGCAGACACUCUUCGAGAACAUGGAGGAGCUGUUUCUGACAGGUCGUCCGGGAUUUGAAGAGAGGAUAGGUCUUACUGAUCUGAUUGAUACUAGACCUAACUUAGCAAUCCGCACCAGACCACUACACACAGAUGAGGACGACGACGAUGACGAACUGCAACGUUUAGCGCUUGAGCGUGCUAAAUCGCUUGUGAGAGAUGCUGAUUGUCUACAUGAAGAGACUUCUGAGGAUGAGGAUGUGCAGGAGGAUGGGCAGGUGGAAUGGCAGGUGGAAGGGCAGAUCGAGAUUAUUAGAAUCCCGAGGAGGGAUCCUGAGGAGGUGGAGUCAGAGGAGGAGGAGCCGCCUGAGGAUUUGCAUGAUGAGGAGGACUACGUUGGGGAUGAAGAUUAUGGUAACUUGAGGUACGACCCAUCCAGAUUGUCACAUGGACCGUAUCGUCGGAGAAAACGGUUCAUACAGUGGUGAGUGUGAGGGUGACUGAUCUAAUAUUUGCGUUUGAUAUAAUAUCUAUGUUAGACCAGUUACUUGCUUCUCUUUAACUUUAUAAUUGUAAUGUUCGAGAUAAUGCAACCAAGUCAAAGAAUACAAUUAAGUGGACUAAUUUUAUACCA